GUCUUGACGUGGAUAUGAAAUUUACCACAGCGUUAAUUGUUUAUGUGACACCUGUCACCGGUGAUGCAUAGCUCCGGCGAAGAGUUUCGGAGAACAAGUUUGGUCUUUUUAGGGGUUUGAGCAGUGGAGUCGGUAACCAUGUUAUGCGGAGGCUCUCGCGCCUCCGUGCAUUUGUGGGACCAUCGUCAUCCUCCUAGGCUCGGUGCUAAGGUUUUGCGGAAAUCUUCGUUCAUGCUCAGACCUUGUUCGGCUAUAUCGCAGCAGCGGAUAAAGUCGUCGUUUAGGUCUCACUGUAAAACUCCAAGAAAAAUCCCAGCUCCUCUCGAUUGUUUCAGCCAGGGAGAUGAUCAUCCUGAGCUUUCAGCUGAAGGGCUUUCCCCAGUUGCAGGAGGCAUUGUUGCUCUAGGGAAGUUUGAUGCCCUGCAUAUCGGUCAUCGAGAGCUUGCAAUUCAAGCUGCAAGAAUUGGUACUCCGUAUCUACUGUCGUUUGUUGGAUUGGCUGAAGUACUUGGUUGGAAGCCUAGAGCACCAAUAGUAGCCAAAUGCGACAGAAAACGAGUGCUUUCCUCUUGGGCAUCGUAUUGUGGUAACAUAGCACCGGUAGAGUUUGAGAUUGAAUUUGCCAGCGUUCGACACCUUAACCCACAACAGUUUGUCGAGAAGUUGUCAAGAGAGCUUAGAGUCUGCGGAGUUGUGGCAGGCGAAAAUUACAGGUUUGGAUACCGGGCUUCUGGUGACGCCUCUGAACUUGUGAGGUUAUGCAAAGACUUUGGUAUCAGCGCUUACAUCAUUAACUCCGUGAUGGAUAAGAACCAAGUCUCUGUAAACACAGAGGAGGAGGACUCAAAGUCGAAAGAAAGAGGUCAAGUCUCAUCCACACGAGUCCGUCAUGCUCUAGCUGCAGGAGAUGUGAGGUAUGUAACAGAGCUCCUCGGCAGACCACACAGGGUCAUCUCUCGGACAAGAACACAAGAUUUAACGAGCAAAAGAGGGAGGAUCUCGCUUCAGACAUCUUCGCUACUAAAUUUACCACCAGGGAAUGGAGUUUACAAAGCAUGCUCGCUUAUAGUUGGUGAUAAGCAUCCAAUUUCGUGUAAGGUUAUUGUCGAUACAUCGAAUCUCUAUAUAGAAACAGAGGAAGAACGUUUCCACAACUCAGAUGAGUCUCAAGAGUUUCAACUCUUAGGGAUUGAGUUCGGUUAAUUCACACAUUGAUAAUCAAAAGAAUAACAUUUCCAUUUCAAGAUAACGAUUAACAAAGAUGUUAACUUUGACUCC